UGAAGACAUGUUUUUAUUUUUUGGUGGGAAAGAAGAAAGAAUGGGAAUUAAAAAUAUCGAGUGGAAUGGGAAGAGAUAUGAAAAUAUUAGUUCGCGUAUGGGACAAAGAUUGGAAGGAAAAUAUAGUCGACUAGGAAGUAAACUGGGGAUAGGAGAAUACAAAGCAUUGGUGUUUUUUAUAACGCCAAUGUCUGGUGGGGAAGAGAAGGGAAUGCUAAUUAAAAAUUCGAAUGGGAGAGAAAUGGAAAAAAAAUUAGAAGGGGAAAAAUCGGAAGGAAAUUGAAUGGAAAGAAAAAUAUGUCUUUUCGAUGGGGUUAGGAUAGUAGGAGACAAGCAUUGGUGUUUUUGUAACGCCAAUGUAUAAUGUUUAGUUGAAUUGGAAAAUUGCUAAUAUAUUGGAAAAUAUGAGGGAAUACGGAUUGAAAAAUUAGGAUUGAGUGGAGGGGAAAUGAACCUUGGGAAAGGGAAAUAAAAAUAGGAAGGGUAAGAAUGGAAAUAAUG